AAAGAGAAAAUAACACACAUCCCAAAAGAAGAAAAGUAUACAAAAAGAAAAAUAUCUAGUUAAUUAAAAAAAAAAAAAAGUUAACAAGAAGCAGCAGCAGGAUACCAGAGGAAGAAAUCAUCAUGGCAUUACUAGAAUCAUUAAGCACCCAACAAAGAUUGAAUCAUUAGCUAAACCAUGCGUAUGGAUAAGUGCAUUAGUUCUCAAGCAACUUGAUUCAAUUUCUUUUGCUAGGCCUGCAAAAUCAAAUAAUUUAACAGACCACAAUGGCCAAUAUAUGCAGCCAACCAUUUUAUUUUCUUAAGCAAUCUCAGUGUAAGGGGAAUUGGAAAAUUCAAGAGAUGGAUCAUCCUCUGAUCAUUCAUGGUCAUCGGCUGCUUGCAGCUUCUCUACUUCUACUCGUUAACUUGUCCGAAUCUUCUCCACUGCUUCAAGGAAAAAGCUUCCCCCUCAUGACUUCAGAUGUCAAUGAGGUCUCAGGAAAGUCCUUUGAUUACAUUGUUGUUGGGGGAGGCACAGCGGGUUGCUCCCUGGCAGCAACCCUUUCAGAGAAAUUCUCUGUGUUAGUGGUAGAAAGAGGAGGCUCCCCUUAUGGAAACCCUUUGGUGGCAAAUAAGAUGUACUAUGGUUUCUCACUGCUCCAAACUGAUGAAUUUUCAUCAGUGGCUCAAAGCUUCAUAUCAAAGGAUGGUGUUAUUGGACACAGAGGAAGAGUACUUGGCGGAUCAUCAGCCAUAAAUGGAGGCUUCUAUAGCAGAGCUAGUGAUGAUUUUGUUAAAAGGGUUGGGUGGGAUGAAGAGCUUGUAAAGGAAGCUUAUGAAUGGGUGGAGUACAAAAUUGUUUCCAAGCCUGAGCUGACGAUAUGGCAAUCUGUUGUUGAAUUUGGUCUCCUUGAAGCCGGAUUUCUUCCUUACAAUGGGUUCAGCUGGGAACAUAUUGAGGGAACAAAGAUUGGUGGGACUAUGUUUGAUGAAUUUGGAAUAAGGCACACAUCAGCUGAUCUUCUGGGUGCAGGGAAUCCAGAAAAUAUCACAGUUCUGUUGACUGCAACAGUACAGAAUAUCAUUUUCUACAGCAAUCGUAAACGGAACGAUACAGCAGCUCGUGGCAUUAGGUUCAUCAAGAGCGACGGUAGCAGUGAUCAAACUUACGAAGCUUACCUUAACCAACCGGAGAAUUCGAUUUCAAGGGGAGAUGUCAUUUUGUCAGCAGGAGCAUUAGGCAGUCCCCAAAUCCUAAUGUUAAGUGGCAUAGGACCACAGAAGCACCUCAAGAAUUUCGGUAUCCCAGUUGUGUUGGACUUGAAAGGGGUAGGACGAGAGAUGAAAGACAACCCUGCCAUUUCCCUUUUAGCAGACACAAAAGCAGAAUAUCGGCUGCCAGAUACGCCUCAAGUUGCAGGCAUUGCAAAAGACUUCAAAUUCAUAGUACAAGGAGGAAUCUUACCUAUAAGCUUCAAUGCAACAAGGAUGCCAAUUGCAAUCAAGCUUGCAUUUCCAGAAUCUAAAGGGAGGCUGAAAUUGAACAGCACAGACCCCAGGGAAAACCCUUCAGUGCAAUUCAACUAUCUAGCUAAGGAAAACGACAUGGAUGGAUGCACCGAGAUGGCUCAAGUGCUUGAAAGGGUGACAAGUUCUGAAUCAGUUGCUCUGUUCCUGAAGACUGUAACCAAGAACAAGUUGAUGUCCACUCCUCAUGAGCUGAGAAAUUUCUGCAAGAAGAACGUUAGGACCUAUUAUCACUACCAUGGUGGUUGUACUGUUGGAUCAGUUGUUGACAAGGAUUACAAACUCCAUGGAGUGAAGGGUUUAAGGGUAAUAGAUGGAUCAACUUUCUUCGAAUCCCCAGGCACAAACCCAAUGGCUACCCUGUUAAUGCUGGGAAGGUAUCAAGGGAUCAAGAUUAUAAGAGAGCGAGAGAAUGAUUCUGUAUUUACUAGUCAAGAACACCCAUAGCUAAAAACUUGGCCUCAGCUGUACUCAUCACCAUGAAAGAAUAUUUAAUAUUAUCUUCUCUUCCUGGCAAGCACGGUUCUUUGGAAUCAAUUCAAUAUAACUAACCUUUAUUCCCUUUUACACAAUCUGAGCUGCAUAAUUUUUGUUGGACUAAACCCAAAUUUACAAAGGCAAUAUUACAUCAUUAGAUUCUUCCUAAUGGUUUGAAUUUCCAAGAUUUUGAUUUAAUUUAUUAUGAAAUGAAAACUGCUAUAAAUAAGGACAAAAAAAUAUACAUCUUUAUUUGUUAUCGAAGAUGAAACACAAAUGAUCUGUAUGCACAUGCUAUUAAAAAAGGUAACACACAAAGAAAAACCUUACAAAAAUUUAUCCGACUCUAGCCCUCCGUUUCUUGAUCAAGUCCUGGACUUGAAGAAAAGACAUCAUUAGAAUUACUUGAAGGUUGAUUUGAAUCCUCACUUCUCCUAUUACUAUUGAAAGAAAAACUAACCCAAAUUUCUCUUUCCAAUCUUCUCCUCUCUCUACCUUCUUCUUCCUCCUCCCUUUUCUUGCCUAAAUCCACCUCAUCAACAGGCAUCUUAUACCUGCAAACAGGGCAAGACCCAUGAAUCCCCAACCACUUCUCUAUACAAUUAGCAUGAAACCUAUGUUUACAGGGCAUCUCCUUUGCCAACCCACCAAGCUCCCACUCUUCUAAACAGAUAGCACACUCGCCCUCCUUAUCUCCAAUUUCUGCAAUCUCCACAGUAGGCAUGGCCCCUAUGGAUGCCUUUGAGGCAGGAGGCUGACCAUUCUUGGUAGCCAACUCUCUAAGAAGAGAAUCCAAGCUCUCAGAUCCUUCAAUCACCACCAUGCCUUGAGUGAAAGGGUUGAUAAGGAUGAUUCUUUCAUGUGGGGUGGCUGUCUGUGGCGUUUCUUGACCUGGAUCACUCUGGGUGGCAGUGCCUGCAAAGCCCAAGAAGAAAGGCAAAAACAAAGAGAGAUCUCUAUGCCUUAACAUCCUCUCAAAAGCAGAAGACGAUCCAGGUAGUUGAGUCUCAGAGGCCAUGUUAGAAAUCUUGACAAA